AAUGCACGCCAUGAUGAAGAGGAGUGGAGUUGUAAGUCUCCAACCUUUCACAAUAGUAAUAGCAACAACAAUAUUCGCGAGAGUUUACGCCUUCAACUUUUACUGCCCGGACGCACCUAAGCAGAUCAAUCUUGCACAAGGGGAACAAGCUUCCAUCAUCACUCGCUACCGGGGACAGAGCUUUUACUCGGAGAGUCAGUACUGCGAGUGGCAUGUUGACGCGGGCCUGGGGCAACGUGUGCAUGUCGAGGUGGCACAGUCAGAUCUGCAGUAUGCCCAGCCAGGGUCCCUUUGUGAUGGAUUUGACAGUGUGAAGAUCGUUGAUGACCUUGAGAAUCUUGUGUUGGUGAGCUGGUGUGGGAACGAACAUCCAGAUGUCAUCAAUACGGAAGGACAUCAGUUAAAAAUUGUGUUCAGCUCCGACAGCAUCACACCCUCCACAGAGCGCUACACACGUGGGGUCACUCUCACACUGAAGGCUUUUGCAUCGUCAGAAUGUCCCCCGGACUGGCAGAGAUUGGAGUCUUCCUGUUUCAAACGGCAAACGUCUAAAGCAAGUUGGUUUGAGUCUCAAGAAGGAUGCAACCUAGAGCAGGGGAAUCUUGCCAGUAUCAAAUCUCAGGAGGAAUUUGACUUCAUUAGAACUUACUUCAACGCGACGGGGAAAGUCUGGAUAGGACUCAGCGACAUUGCCUCCCCCACCACUUUUGAAUGGAUUGAUAAAGUGAUUUCCACUUCCUAUAACGGGGUAUCAACCUUGACCCCCAACAAGUUCAGCCAUUGUGUGAGCCUGAAUGUCAAGUCAGAGGAGCUCAGCACUGAAGACUGUGAGGGCAAGAAAUACGAGUCUCUGUGUAGAGCAAACAGAGGUCCACCAUUUACAAUUUACCCAUUACCAAGGGAGGGAACAAACAAAGGUUCUGGUUCCAGCGGUCGUCUCCUGCUGCUCGGCUUGCUGGUUCCCGCAGCCAUCCUCCUACUCCUGGUCAUCAUCGGCAUCAUCGUCUACCAGAAGAGAAAAUCUUUACCGUGGCCGUUCAGCACAGACACUUUUGGGAAGAGGUCGGCGGGUGCAACCAGCGCUUCUGUGGAACUCUCUGGAACAACAGUUCCAGAAGCACGGUCUUCUUUUAAUGAAAUAAGUGAUCAGGAGGCCAGCCAGCAUGUGGCUCCUCCGACAUACUUGCAAGCAAUCUCCGACCCCAGGGUUCUGUAGAUGGAGCUGACCUAUUUCACCGACCUGGGAGAAGACUUUUGGGGAGGGGGGGGGGGUGACCUUAUUUAGGCCACAUGUGGCCUAAAUAAGCUAAACCCCCCUCCCUUACC